UUGACAGCAUAAACAAAACCUACAUAAGUGUCACGCCAGCGAUCACCACAUCUGGUUUAAAUAUAACACAGCUUAACAAUUGCACGGGAAUUUCGUGUAUACAGAAUCUCCUUGACCAGAUAGAGAAGAUUACUGUUCUCAAUUUAACGGAUGUCAUCAAACUUUUGGACAUGGUCUUCAGCACUUCAGAGAAGAUAAACACAUCAUCAGUUGACCCAAAGAAACUAGCGUCAUAUGUUUUAAAAGCAAGUGAGCAGCUUGUGUCAAUGCUGGUGAAGCCAACAAACACAUAUUAUUAUCUCAAUUUUACUCGUGCAGCUGUGGAGGCGCAAGUGUUUGUGGUUGGACCACAGGCCAACCUUGAUAAAAUCCCUCAGCUCAACACAACAAAUGCUUCUAUAGACAUUGAUCUUAUUGGGAUCGCCAGGAACAAUUUUAAUUCAGGAUCAGCUGCUGUGGUUUUCAUCAGCUACAACACAAUGGAGGACCUACUGAAACCAGACUUCUUCAUCACAUCAGAUGACACAAAUAAAACAAUGAUGUCCACUGUCAUCUCAGCUACUCUUCCUACAACCACCAACACAACCCUCACCAAACCAGUCAACUUCACCCUCAAACACAUCAGAGAGAUAAAUGACAGUGGUAAACUUUCCUGUGUGUACUGGAACAUCACUGAGUGGAUUGUAGAUGGUUGUUCUGUUGUAAAGACCAACAGCAGCUUCACUGUGUGUUCAUGUCUUCAUCUGUCAACAUUCGCUCUUAUCAUGCAAACCAGCAGAAGCCCAUCAGAGGAUAAUAGUCAGCGGAUGGAGUCGAUGAAUGUGAUGUUUGUGAUCGUGGGUCUGGUGUUUAUUAGUUUGGCUCUGUUGACUUUUGCUUUCUGUCGAUGGAAACCUGGAGUGAACAAUGUAGCUCGAAUCAACCUCUGCAUCAGUCUGCUGUCUGCUCAUCUUCUGUUCUUACUCACACAACAAUUCAUCAAUCUCAUAAAACCUUACAAGGUGUUGUGUGCUGUGAUAUCAGGCGUUCUUCACUUCUUCUUUCUCUCCUGCUUUGUGUGGAUGUUCAUUGAAGCCGUGCUGCUCUUCAUCUGUGUGAAGAACAUAUCACAGAUCAGCUCCAGACAGAGGGCGAGGCUUAACAGGGGAUUUUUGAUUGUGAUUGGUUAUGCGAUUGUUUUAUUCAUAGUGGGUGUGUCUGCUGGCCUGGUUCCUCAAGGCUACGGCAGUGAAAAAUGCUGGAUUAAACAGGAGAAAGGCUUCAUCUGGAGUUUUCUGGGACCGGUUUGCUUCAUUCUUGCAAUUAACACGAUUAUCUUCAUCAGUAUCUUCAUCAGUCUGAACUUAACUCUCAAAAACCUCAACCUUGACGUUUCACACAUGAGACAGACCAAGAUUACGAUUUUUAAAACUCUGGCCCAAUUUGUGAUUUUUGGUUGUCCCUGGAUUCUGGGUUUCUUCAUUGAUAACAGUAGGAUGAUGGAGAUUCUCUUUCUGAUCCUGAACUCACAGCAAGGAACCUUUAUCUUCCUGGUCUACUGUGUUCUCAAUAAUGAGGUCAGACAACAGUAUGUGAAGUGGAUGAGAGCCUUUGUUUCCUUUAUUCGAACCAAAAUCCAUAUAAGUUGCCUCCACCCCCCAAAAAAACUGAGGACUCGAUAAUUCAUGUUUAGUAAAUUGUAAGCCCAUACAAGAGUUGUUAUUAUAAAAUGUAUUGUAUUCAUUACAGUAAAAUAUGAUUAGAGAUAAAUGUUUAUGUAGUCAUAGUCAUAGUUACUUAAUAGUCUAUACAAUAAUACAAAAAUACUGCUUUAAUGUAAAUACAUUAUGCUGUAAUAGAAACCACAGGUGUGUUAAUUUGUUUGCUAGCCUGUAUAAGUGCAGUCAUGUCUGCAAAAUAUAAUGUGAGCAUGCAUGAUACAUCUGGAAAGUAAAACUGAUUUAUAAUGUAUAACGAAAAGUACAGUCUGACUCGUAUAAAUAUAAAUUCUCAUAUAAAUUGUUAGAAUUCAGUAAACUUUCAAUAUACAUAUAGUAUACAUAAACUUUAAUUCAA